AUGUACCCGUUGUCGGAGGAAGAUAGCAUGACGUCCCCAGGUUUUGCGGUGGUGUCGAGCUGUAGUACGGUGUCGUCGCCUUGGACGCCCGGCGGGGGCACGGCCGGCGGUAACCCGGACGGGCCGGACGGCGGCGGCAACGGUAUGCGCAGCGCGGCCGGCGUGAACGCGGGCAGCAACCUCAGCCUGGACGUAGACGACUGCGAUGACGACAAGGAACUGUCGGCGGCCGAUGCGGAGGGUGUGUGGAGCCCGGACAUCGAGCAGAGCUUCCAGGAAGCACUGGCCAUAUACCCGCCGUGCGGGCGCCGGAAGAUCAUUCUGUCCGACGAGGGUAAAAUGUACGGACGCAACGAAUUGAUCGCCAGGUACAUAAAACUGCGCACCGGCAAGACACGGACGCGGAAACAAGUCAGUUCUCACAUCCAAGUGUUGGCGCGCCGCAAGCUGCGUGAAAUCCAAGCCAAACUCAAAGUGUUUUGGCAACCAGGAUUACAGCCGGGCACAUCUCAAGAUGUUAAGCCAUUCGCCCAAGGGUACCCAAGCGGUGGAUCGACAGGCCUUAAACCCCCGUCUACUGCUGUAUCGUCUGAAAUCCAACCACCCAGUGUCCCACCUUGGGAUGGCAGAGCAAUUGCAACACACAAGCUGCGUUUAGUUGAGUUCUCCGCAUUUAUGGAACACCAACGAGAACCAGAAAUAUAUCAAAAACAUCUUUUUGUACAUAUUGGAGGACCAGUGAGCUAUUCAGAUCCUUUGUUGGAAUCUGUGGACGUGCGACAGAUUUAUGAUAAGUUCCCAGAGAAGAAAGGAGGCCUUAAAGAAUUAUACGACAAAGGUCCCCAAAACGCAUUCUUCCUCGUUAAGUUCUGGGCAGAUCUCAAUUCGAACAUUCAUGAUGAAGCUGGUGCUUUCUAUGGCGUCACUAGCCAAUAUGAGAGCUCUGAAAACAUGAGUAUAACGUGUUCAACUAAAGUUUGCUCGUUUGGCAAACAAGUGGUCGAGAAAGUGGAGACAGAAUAUGCCCGAUUCGAAAACGGUCGGUUCAUCUACCGCAUACACAGGUCACCUAUGUGUGAAUACAUGAUCAAUUUCAUACACAAGCUCAAACAUUUGCCCGAGAAAUAUAUGAUGAACUCUGUGCUGGAAAAUUUCACUAUAUUACAGGUGGUUACCAACCGAGAGACCCAAGAGACUUUACUUUGUACCGCUUACGUCUUCGAAGUAUCCACGUCAGAACAUGGCGCACAACACCACAUGUACAGACUGGUCAAAGACUAA